UCACAAAAUCCUAUAAAUAUUGAACACCGAUACGUUGGGCGUCCGACGGUGCGUUAUUGUUGUUCAAUCAGCUUUUCGCCUUCUUCGAACCUUCAAAGCAGUAACAAAAUGACAUCAGCAAUAAUGGCGGGAUUUGCAGUAGCUGCGGCUGCAUAUGCGGGCAGAUAUGGAAUUCUGGCUUGGCAGACCAUCAAAGCAAGACCGCCCAAACUGCGCAGAUUUUAUGAAGGUGGGUUUGAAUCUGUCAUGACAAGAAGAGAAGCCGCUCAAAUUCUUGGAGUCAGGGAAAGGACUCCGUCAGAUAAGGUGAGGGAAGCACAUAGGAGGGUUAUGGUUGCAAACCAUCCAGAUGCAGGUGGUAGCCAUUACCUUGCAUCUAAAAUCAAUGAAGCUAAAGAUUUAUUGCUUGGAAAAACCAAGGGCGGUGGCUCUGCAUUUUGAUGUGUCAUCGGUGAUCUUUCUAAUGAUGAUUCUUCAGAGGUUUGUGGAGGUUGUGCUCCGUUUCGGAUGAAUUGUAUGACAUUAGACUUCUAAAUGGAAGAAGAAUUUUGAGUUUUAUUCAAAUUAUUCUUUGGCGCGGCCUAUAAUUUGUAUACCAUUGGGAUAAUGUCUAAUCUUUUAUGAAUCAACUGAGCAAAAACAAACAAUUCAUGCUUUU